CACUCCGCCGCGACUGGUCGUCUCACAGAUUAAAACAAUGAAUUUAACUAUGUACAACGAUGGGCUCGACGACGAUCAGAGUUACGUGCUGCGAGCGAAAAUAAUAACAAUGGUGACUCUGUUCGCCGUCUCCAUGCUGGUGGGAAGUUUCCCCACGCUGAUCUCCCUGAAGUACGACUGGCUCAGCGCCGGAGGACCAGACAUGAGGUCCUCCAAUCAGCUGGUAAUUGGGCUGCUGUCGUUCGGCGGAGGAGUGCUGUUUGCGACCACUUUUAUGCACCUCCUCCCGGAAGUGGCCGAUAACAUCCAGAUACUGGAAGAUUCUGGCGAAAUAGCAGAACUGCCCAUAUACUUGGCCUCCUUCAUAAUGUGCUGUGGGUUCUUCAUGAUGUACCUGGUGGAGGAGCUGGUCCACGUGUACAUCAACAGCCGGGAGAACAAAACGGCCAACACCAGCUUCACGAGAGUGCUGAGUAUUCGGCGAAGCAGCGCGGAGGCAGGGGCUUCCUCUGACAGACCCAUAAAGGAGUUGGAAGCGCAGAAUAACCAUGGUCACAGUCAUCUGGCAGUACAGAGCGAUGAUACGAUAGUGGCUGCUCUAAGAGGGCUGCUGAUAGUGCUGGCGCUCUCUAUACAUGAGCUCUUCGAGGGCUUGGCGGUAGGACUGGAGUCGUCAGCGAGAAACGUGUGGUACAUGUUCGGCGCGGUGUCAGCACAUAAGUACAUCAUUGCGUUCUGUAUCGGCGUGGAACUGCUAGCUGCCGGCACCAAGAGGUGGCUCUCGCUGGUCUACAUCUUCACCUUCUCCUUCGUCUCUGCCCUGGGCAUUGGAGUCGGAAUCCUACUGGUCGGCGGCGCAGGAGCGACUCAAGCUGGCAUCUAUUCUGUUGUUCUUCAGGGUCUGGCGUGCGGCACGCUAGUGUACGUGGUUUUCUUCGAGGUGUGGCGGCAGGACCGCACCGGGUUAAUGCAGUUCGUGUGCUCCGUCAUUGGGUUCGCGCUCAUGGUCAUACUCGAGGCUUUAGUGGAGAUGUAUGCUUAAAAGCAAUACCUGGUGAGGUCAGUUCCUGCUUUUAAAGUGUUAUUUAUUAUGUUAG